AUGUCGACACAAAUUACAAAUCCACCCAUAAGUCAGUAUCCUUCUGACUCCAUCAACGGUAGAAAUCCGACCGCAUCUGCUGUUCCAAUGAACGGAAAUUCAGCUUUGCACGACCACAAGCGAACCCCUUCCAUGACGGUCACGCCUGCUGGGACCACUACCAGCUACAAUCCUAAUGGCCCUCCUCAAAACAAGGCCAAUGUUCAAUUUGGUUCACUAAACAAUGGCGGAAAUAUCAAUUCCUCUCCUGCCAUGUCCACUCCCCAGCCGGUGCAUACUCAGUCUAAUAGCCUGGGCGUGAACAAUCUGGCUCCACGUUUACCUUCUCCUUCGAGCUCCCCUUCGCCAAUUCCACAGCCUGUCCAGGUCAGUGGAGGCCGUCCACCUUCUGAGUUGUCCGGUCCGGGAAAGCACAUGAGCUUUGGCCAAUUCGGCGGCGACGGUUCAGAUGUUAACGGCGUAACCCGAGGAAUCUCACAGAUGCAGAUGGGCGAGCAGCAUAAUCGUCGAGGUUCUCAGCAGUCCAUGCAUGCAAACAGUAGCCACGAAGUACCCAGUGGCCCUGGACGAGGUGGCUACAGUAAUCGAGGUGGGCGAGGAGGCUAUGGCAAUCAAUACGGCGGUCAUAUGCCUUUCAACCCCAACAGCAAUUUCCGUCCCAACAACAGCAGAGGCAACUACCAAGGUCGAGGUGGUCAUUCCAUACCAUACCAAGGCUCACCUUCGAUGCAACACCGACAGCCGAUGAACAAUAUGACUCCAGGCGGCACUCCCCAGAUGGCUGCUAUGCAGAUGAAUCCCGCGACCAUGGCUCCUUAUGGCUACACUCAAUACCCAGUAAAUAUACCCAAUUCCCGUUCUAUUUCCGAAGCCGUUCGAGGCAAGCCGAGUCGAGGCACAGGUCGUGGUGGCAAGGGCAAGAAGUUCUCCAAGGCCAACGGGAAGCCUGCUGUCCCAAGCAUGGAUCCUGCUUCCGAUAAUUAUGUUGGUCCCGGAGCCUCUGAUGCUAUUGCUGCUUCGCACCGAGUAUACUCGCUCCCUGUCAUGCCGGCUUUUCCCCUCCCUGACUUGUCCCCCGAAAGUGGUAAUUUUGAAAAUUUUCUAACACAGAGUGCUCAGGCUGCAUACGGACAGGUACCCAUCGCCGCCGACCCCAGCAUUUCCUACAAUGCCUACCAGCAACAGCAAUUCUAUCCGCAACAAUAUGCUGGGUACCCCCCCCAGUCACCAAGACCUCCCUUCAAUCAACCUGGCUUUGGUGGCCAGCAGAUGCAGUCGACUUACAGCAACCAGGGACAUAUGCCCCAGCCAAUGUCGCGACAGUCCUCUCAGAUGUCCACUGCCGAUCAGCGCCCUGGUUCUAGUAUCGGUCAAACACCCCAAACUCCUGCCGCUGCUUUGCACCAUACCUCAACAAGAACACCAAGUAUCUCAGGCGAGAAAAGCAGCUUCAUCCAACCACAAAAGAAAAGCGCAGCAAUCGUCAUCAAGAAUGCUCAGGGCGAGGUCGUCGAUUUUAGUAAAAAGACCCCAUCCGCCCCUGCACCAGCCCCUGCGCCUGCUACCAUUCCAGCAAUCACAACUCCUACUCUUCCCACCCCUCCGAGUCGUACAGGUAGUGCCGUCAGUGCUGCACAUGGAAGGACUGAUAGUCAAAGUGUGAAGCCUGAUGACAAAGAUGAGAAGAAGAAGGCUAUGCAGGAGGCUAUCGCUAAGAAGAUUGCUCAGGAUAAAGAAGAAGAGGCCGAGAAGCUACGCAAGCAGAAAGAAGCGGAAGAGCAGAAAGCUCAAAUGGAAGCCGAGGCUGCUGCAGCCGCUGAACGAGAAGCUGCCGAGAAGAAGGCUGAAGCUGAACGACUUGAGCAAGAAGCAAAGGAAGCCGAAGAAAGAAUCCAGGCUGCCGAGGCCGAGAAAGCUGCCAAAGCCAAGGCUGAGGAGGAAGAAAAGGCCAAAGCCGCGGCGGAACCUGCUGUCUCUGAUGAGGAUGCCGAGUUUGAGAGAAUGGUCGCCGAGAUGGAACGCGAACAAGCUGAGAAAGAGGCUGAAGAGGCACGCAAGGAAGAAGAAUAUCAGAAGAAGAAGGCUGCGGAUAAGGCCGCUCAGGCCAAGAAAGAGCAAGACGAAGCUGCUGCUUAUGAGGCUACCAUGAAAGAAGCCGAACGCAGAGCUGAAGAGGAAGAGAUUGCUCGAGAGAAGAAGCGAGCUGAAGGUAGUCAGACUGAUGACGAGAGCAAGAAACUUUUCGCUCAACUUAAGGGCGAUGAAGCAGGAGAUUCGACCGAGGAGAGCCCAGCUGCUACUCCAGGCGAAAGUGGCGCUGCCACCCCUCUAUCAGAUCUCUCCAUGGGACCUCCCGCCAAAGCUUUGGGCUCUCUACGUCGUGGCAAGCCAUCUGAGCUGACACUCAACACGAAAGCCUCUACAGAGCCGCCUGAGCCCAGUGCUACCCUCAAGUCAUUGACCACUGCUCGCAAGCUUGAAGACCCUACUAACGUCUCUUAUCCAAGCGGCAUAGUUUCUCCCAACCCAGCUCUGAACGCAAACGCUCCAGCUGAUCGCAAAUUCAAGUACAACAAGGAAUUUCUACUGCAAUUCCAAAAUGUCUUCAAGGAGAAGCCAUCACUUGAUUGGGACCAGAAGAUCCAGGCAGCUCUGGGCCACGAUGAUUCUGCACGACCACAGACGGCUAGGACGCCCUCUGGAAUGGGUGGUCGCAGUGCGUCACAUCGGGGCGCCGCUGCAGGUAACUUUGGUGGUCCUAUGGGUACCUUUGGAGGAGGACCGACCCGGACCUUGCCGCCAGGUACAACUUCCGAACAACGAUUUGCUGCGUCUUCUGGCGGAAGUAUGCGAGGAGGUCCUAUGGCAAACAAUCCUUUCGCCUUCGGUCGACCUGGCUCUAUGGGUCCACCCAUGGCUCGUACACCAUCCAAUAACCCACUUGGCGUUCUUCCUGGCUCACCAAGAGUCGGCGGUGCUAGUCGUGGCGGAUCUCGUGCCGAAAGCAAACGAAAUAACAAGUCCGCGAAACAGGAAGCAGACGCCAACAAGUCUAUGCCUCUUACUGCUGGCCUGAAUGUGACCAAUCUUGAGGUAUCUGCUACUGGAUGGAAACCUCGAAGUCUCGGUCCAAGCACUCAAGCGUCAGUCGGACUUGACGGUUACAUGGAAGCGGAUGUCGUCCAACGAAAGGUCAAGGCUGCCCUCAACAAGAUGACACCUGAGAAGUUCGAUCGUAUCUCUGAUGGUGUUCUUGAGAUAGCAGCUCAGUCGAAACAGGAGACUGACGGCCGGACUCUUCGACAAGUCAUUCAGCUAGUGUUUGAAAAGGCUACUGAUGAAGCUCACUGGGCCCCAAUGUAUGCCAAGUUCUGCUUCAAGAUGUUGUCCACAAUGAGUGCCGAUAUCAAGGACGAGACCAUCAAAGACAAGAAUGGCAACGUUGUCGCGGGUGGCAAUUUAUUCCGGAAAUACUUGCUCAAUAGAUGCCAAGAGGAAUUCGAGAAAGGUUGGAAGAUCAAUCUACCAACCACGAAAGAAGGCGAGACUGAAGAAGCAGUCAUGCUUUCAGAUGAGUAUUACAUUGCGGCUGCCGCGAAACGACGUGGUCUUGGUCUCGUUAAAUUCAUUGGUGAACUGUUCAAGCUCGGUAUGCUUACAGAAAGAAUUAUGCAUGAAUGUGUCAAGAAGCUGCUUGACUACGACGGCACACCAGAAGAGGCCGAAGUCGAAAGCUUGAGCAGUCUGCUGAAGACCAUCGGCAAACAGCUCGACAUGUCCGAGAGCAAGGCUGCUGGUCGAAUGGACGCUUACUUCGAGAGGAUCAACCAGACUCUUACACUCCCAGAUCUACCUAGUCGCUUGAGGUUCAUGCUCAUGGACGUUGUGGAUCUCAGAAGAAACGGAUGGAACUCUAAGGACGCCGACAAGGGUCCAAAGACAAUCCAGCAAAUCCACGAAGAAGCCGAAGCAGCUCAACAAGCUGCCGAGAUGUCUCGCCUCGCAAGCCAGGCCGCUGGUCGUGGCGGUGGACGACUGCCAAUGGGUCGCGGCGAUGUCAGAAGCUUCAGCCACGGCGGACCAAUGCCUCCACCAGAUAACUCGAACCGAAUUCAAGCCGAAGAUCUCCGACGAUUAGGUGGUCGAUCCCAGCGACAGAAUACUACGACACCUAGCGGAUCGUUCGGUCCUUCUGCUCUUGGUGCUCGAACUAACAGUCGACGUGGUCUUGGACCUAAUAUCGCCAGUGCUGGCACAAGCAGAACAGGUACUCCUCCUGCACAGACAGAUUCUAAGAAAGAUGACAGCAGCACAAAUGCGUUCAGUGCACUUGCAGCUCUUGAAGGAGCCGAAGGUCCUGCUUCACCACCAUCUAACCCUUCCUCUCCUCCCACUCAGAAGUCACAACCCACCACUAACGACCGAUCGCGAUCGCCUGAGAAGAAGGCCGAUUGA